AUGGUUUUAUUAAACUUUUUACGGCAUUUUAACAAGCCGAGGAUAAUUAUCACCAGCAAUAGUUUGAUGUUAAAAAAUAAUUAUGCUGUUGUGGCAGCUGCUUCGCUGGGAAAAGUAAAAAAAGGAAAAAAAGGAAUGGGACCUGCACCAAAAGUCGAGCUUCCUGUAGAAACUGACGCUCACCGACUAGUAAACUACGUCUGCGGUACAAAUCUCCUAAAAGAAGGCGGCGAGGACGUGAAACUAAAGCCCGACUCAGAAUACCCAGAUUGGCUGUGGAACAUCCACGUGGGCAAGCCGAAGACUCUGGAGGAGCUGGACCCGAACACCAAAGCCUACUGGAGGAAGCUCCGCAAGCAGGCGAUUAGGACCAACAACCAGAGACUAAAGCACAAAACUUUGGGUCCAUUCUAA